AUGACGGAGAUAUCUGCUUUUGGAGAGCUUUCCAACUUCAAGGUCAAUAUGUCCAAGUCCGAGAUUCUUGAUGUUAAUCUUCCUCCACCUGACCGCAGGGCGCUGGCGACCUCCUUUCCUUUCGCUUGCACACUGAUUCGCCCCAAAUCGAGGGGUGGCCUGGCCUUGCCUUGCCCGCGCACUUACUAUAGGGCAUGUCAUUUGCUCCGGGUUGUGGAGUGGUCCCAGGCCUCCCGCAUUAAGCAGUGGGUCGAUCUGGAGGACGCCCUUCUUGGUGUCCCUGUUAGCUUCCUCCCCUGGUUGUCGAUGUGUUCUGCGAGACGCUUGGCUGCUCCUCACCCUUUUAUCCGAGCCACCCUGCGCGCCUGGCACUCUCUAACUGGAAGCGCACAGCUAACCACUUUUCCCUCCCCGCUUACCCCCCUUAGGGACAACCCCGACUUCCCUCCGGGCGUGGGGGUCGAUUUGUUCCCCACUGUCGCCUCUGGCACUGAUUCUAGACUUCGCUCCUUUGUCACUUCUGCUGGGCUUAGGCCACUGGAACAACUGAUUGCGCCGGCUUCGCCUACCUUCCUCGAUCGGUUUCGCUAUGCGCAGUUAACCAACUUUUAUCGUUCUCUGGUGCAGCGGCACAACACCUUUCGCGCCCUCACCGCUUUUGAGACUCUCUGUGUGUCCUCUAGUCGGCUGACUCACGGGGUGUCCCACCUCUAUAGUCUGCUGCUGACUGCCUUGACCCCUGUGCCCCCUGUGUUUAUGGGGAGAUGGGAGGCUUCGCUGCAGGUCGUUCUCACGGAAGAACAGUGGGAAAAGGUUUGCAUCCUGACCCAUCGUUGUUCUCUGAGCAACCGGGAUCGGGAAAUGGCUUACAAGCUCUUAGCUCAAUGCCCAGGCCUCAUGGAUUACAUCAAUUUACUGGUCUUUCUUUUCGCCAUUGAAACAUUGAACAACGACCCAAACAUUUUACCAAAUAUUACCCUGGGUUAUCAUAUAUAUGACUCCUGUUUAGAUGAAGGAAAAGCUGUGAAAAGCAUUCUUCAGAUUUUGUCUGGCCCCCGCAUGACCGUCCCUAAUUACUCUUGUGCGAAUUCUAACAACGUGGCUGGAUUUAUUGGCGAUCACCAUUCUACUACUACCAUUCCCAUAGCACAGUUACUAGGGGUGUAUGGAUACGCACAGAUCAGUUAUGGAGCGACAGACUAUGCGCUGAGUGAUAGACGUGUUUAUCCGCAUUUCUUCCGCUCUGUUCAAAAUUAUCUUGUCUAUAAUAAAAUUAUAUUGAAGAUUCUAAAACAUUUCGGAUGGACCUGGGUGGGAAUUCUCACGGUUGAUGAUGACACCGGAGAGACAGAGAGUCAGGCUCUGAGAGCGUAUCUGACAAGUUAUGGAAUUUGUAUUUCCUUUACUGUAAAAAUUUUUUUAUCAAAAGAACUAUCUGAAAAUAUGAAAAUGAUGUCAGAAACUGUUUUAAUGUCAUCGGCUCGAAUUAUUAUACUCUGCGGCUCUUUCAGCAUCAGAAUUAUUGACAUUUUAACUCGGUGUCUCAAACAUAAAGAUAUAACAUUAAUCCUUCCUCCUGCCUGGGCUUCCAAUGAACAUCUCACAGAUUACUUUGUAGAACCCCUGAAUGGCAGUCUGGCCAUAGAACUGCAUGCUCUAGCGCUACCGGAUACCGGAAGUUUCUUUGAUAAUAUCCAUCCUUCAAACCGUCCAGCAGACAAGCUUCUCGAAGAUAUAUGGAUAUUGUAUUAUAGAUGUUUAUCAGAAAAUUCUGAAAAAAAUAGGCUUUAUGAAGAGUUCUAUGAAAUAUCUCUGUAUAACUGCAGCGGGACACCUAAAUUAAUUGCUAAAACUCAUCUGACGGCUGGUGUUUCUCCCCGGGUGUUUAUUUCAGUGAGUGCUUUAGCUAAAGCUUUGCAUGACAUGCACUUAUUUUAUAACGAGAACGCAAAAGAAAAUGAAAUCCAAAACAUCUAUAAACACCAGUUGCAUCGCUAUAUAAAAAGGAUAAUUGCAUCUCAGUUGGGCCGCACAUUUUACGAUGAACAUGGAGAAUUUGCAUACUAUUACACAAUUACAAACUGGGUGUUUUUAUCAAAUAAGUCUGCAUUUAGAAACAUUGUGGGUAACUUCACUGAGUGGGCUCCAGAUGGUCAGCAGCUAAUCAUUGACUCGCAUUUAGCAAUAUGGAGGAACAAAGACAACCAGAUUCCAAGGUCUCAGUGUUCAGAGAACUGUUUGCCUGGAUAUCGAAAAGUUCUGAGACCUGGAACACAAAUCUGCUGCUACGACUGUGUCCGGUGCUCAGAGGGAGAGAUAUCCAACAGAUCUGACAGUGAAAACUGCAUUGUUUGCCCUAGUGAUAAAUGGUCUAAUGAGAAAAGGGAUCGGUGUAUUCCAAAAUCGGUGGAGUUUCUAUCAUAUUUGGAUGCAGUUGCUGCUGUUUUAUCUUUUGUAUCAAUUCUGUUUUGUCUUGUAACUGUUGUAAUUUUACUGAUCUUCAUUGUCUUCAGAGAUACCCCAAUUGUGAAAGCCAAUAACAAGAACCUCAGCUUCCUCCUCUUGGUCUCCAUCAUGCUGAGCUUCCUCUGUGUGUUUCUGUUCCUCGGUCGUCCUGAGGAUGUAACCUGCAUGCUGCGACAAACAGCUUUUGGAGUCCUCUUCUCAUUAGCCGUGUCUUGUAUUUUAAGCAAAACAAUCAUGAUCUAUAUUGUUUUCAAAGCCGCGAAACCCGGCAGCUCCUGGGCAAACUGGGUCAAUGUGAAAGUCUCCAAUUCUAUAGUACUGCUCUGCUCAUCCAUUCAAGUUAUCAUUAAUAUUUCCUGGUUGGCCAUUUCCCCCCCAUUUCAGGAGCUGGACAUGCGCUCUUAUCAGGGAAAGAUCAUCAUUCAGUGUAAUGAGGGUUCGGUUAUCGCCUUCUACUGUGUCCUGGGUUAUAUGGGGCUUCUGGCAGCUGUUAGUUUUAUUAUAGCUUUUUUAGCCAGGACAUUACCAGACAGUUUUAAUGAGGCCAAGUACAUCACCUUCAGCAUGCUGGUGUUCUGCAGCGUUUGGAUUGCGAUGAUCCCGGCCUAUCUGAGCACCAAAGGGAAGAACAUGGUGGCCGUAGAGAUUUUUGCCAUAGUGGCUUCAAGUGCAGGACUUGUAGGAUGUAUAUUUAUUCCAAAAUGCUAUGUAAUUCUUUUUAGACAGGAAUUGAAUACAAAAACAUAUUUACUUGGAAGUAGAAUUAAAGGUUUAACCAAAUAGUUAUAAGAACCAUAUUCUGAAUUAUAUGUAUUAUUAUCUUAUAACUGUCAAUGGUCAAUUUUAGA